AUGAGUUCUCUCUCAAUGAUCAGACCAUUAUGUGGGACUACACCACUGGCUUUGUUCAUUUGACAGGGAUUUGGAAGGCGCUUGGCAAUAGCAAGGCUGAUAUUGUCAAACUUUGUUCUACCAAUUUGGAGUUGGAGCUCGAAGGUGUAAUCAAGAGAAUCCGCGGUGGCUACCUCAAGAUUCAAGGAACUUGGGUGCCUUAUGAGCUUGGCAGAGCAUUGGCAAAGCGAACCUGUUGGCCCUUGCGACAUGCAAUGGUCUCCGUUUUUGGGCCAGACUUUCCAUCUGAAUGUCUCCAGCCUGGUAUGCCCGGCUACGGCACGCUGUCGCUGAACGACGAUGACGAUGCAGAUCCCAAGAAGAAGCGCAAGCGAAAGGCUCAGCAGUCUGUCAGUGUCACGGGUUUGAAGCGUCCUGCACGCGGGCAGGCUUCGACAAAGGCUGAGCCGAUGCCGUUGACUGUAGCGCAAGCAGAAAAGCGUCGCCGCAUGGAAGGCGCUUUUUCGCACCCACCUGCUCUCCCGAAAGAACGUCCAACUCGCAAGGCUGCCAAACCAAAGCGCUAUGUUGAGGAAGACGAAGGUGAUGAAGAGGACUUUGACGAGGCAAAUGAAAUUGAUUCGCAAUCAUCAACUUCGGUUGUGUCUGACGUGUCUGAGAUUGUGGAAGUACCCAUCUCCAAUGGAUUUACACCGUCCAAAAUUGAGAUUUUGGAUCUGCUUCGUGCUUCGAGGUCACUUCAGCAGCUUAGCACGGGUCAUCAGAGCUUUGACAAGGAAUCUGCUGGCGGCAUAUUUGAUGUUCGUGGCACCAUGUUUCGAUGGGAUGGCGGUAUGGAAGGUCGUUCAGGCUUGACGAGGAUUAUCAAUGUGCCAGAACGUACACAGCAGUCUCCUCAUGACGCGAGCACUGAAGUGCACGAUGGAGAGCCCGAGCUUGAGGAUGAUAAGGGACGGCAAAGCUCGCCUGACAGCGUUAGUCUCGUGGGCUCACAGUACGGCCUUGAUUACAACCCGCGCAUGGCUUCGGCGAGUGUCUCGCCAGCUCAAGUACGCGUCUAUCCAGCUGUUGCUCAUCGCCAAGUUGAUGGCAAGAGUCCAUUCACUUCUGCUGCUUGGGCAACGCCACAGCCCGCCUUCUUUGGUGUGAAUGGUCGCCCGAUGCCGACAUUCGGCUUUCCAAACACACCUCAGCCUGCGUCCAAUGUCCAUCGAGGCUCUGCGAGUAUCGCUUCGACCAGUGUCGAGCAUGAGCCAAGUUGUGCCACACCACCGGAACGCACAAGGACACCAGAUUUCCAGUAUUUUGGCCCUCAAUCUAGCCUGGCACUUCAGCAGGCAAUGACCAAAUGAUGGACCGCUUCAGCCAAUGAGAAUUUUAGUUUUAGCGCUUCUCAGCGAGUCUAUUUUGCUUCUUACACUCUGGACAUAUGUUAGAGUACUUAGUACUAAAUGUCUUUCACGAG